AUGUCCAGCGAUUGCUGUUAUCUCUGCACAGAGUGUCCAAACUCCUAUGCGACGUUUGAGGAGCUCGAACUGCACAUGCACUGCCAUAAGAAAACAACACAGAUGGAGACACAAAACAGCGUUGAGGAGCAUGAGUUAUCGGAAGUAGAUCGGCACUCGCCGAGCAGUUCCGAUCUGACCGACGGUAUGAUGUCGCACGAUGUGGACGAGGACCAGAUGGAUCAAUCGAUGGACGACACGAUGCUUGAUCAAUCGAUCGAUUCCAUCGAGGAUUUGAAACCUGGCUAUCAGUGUCGCUUCUGUCCGACACGUUUCGAUGAGCGACACCAGUUGAAUCUUCACUACACAAGCUGCCACCGAGACAAGCCACAGUACACAUGCGAUGUGUGUCACACGAUUUUCGCGGUGAAACGAGAACUUUCCACCCACAUGAGAACGCACAGUGGCGAACAACCGCAUACG